AUGCCGACGUACCUACCUACCCUCGUCGCCAAGACGCCUUCUUCAAAGAAAAGGAAGAUUGCUACCCGCAAAUCAGCCAAAGACGAAAACCCACACACUCCCACUUUACACGACAUCCCACUCCAAUCGUGCGAGGACGACUCCGAUUACAGCUUUUCCUUCACUACACAAGCGCAGCCCGACACUCCGAGCGAGCCUGCCUACAUCCGUAACGACUCGCUCCCGCCCGCCUCGAGCCUCCCGCCGCGACUGCAGACGAACAACUCAAGCUCUCUCGCCUGUGCCGAGGACGCCUCGUCUACUGCGAGCUCCCCGUCUGGUGCCUACGCAGACCUGACCAUCCACAGCGACCGCGGCGGUGAUACUCCUGCCCCCGAACUCUCUGUCGCACUCAAUAACCACCCUCCGCCUCCGGGGAGAGGCACCUCGCCUUUCGCAAAGACUACACACCACCGAGCCAUUAUGGGUGGGGCUGCCGACUUCCCAGAACGAGCUUCGUCUCCUCUCAAACGACGCGCCUCAAGCAUGGACCCUGACGCGCCAGAACAACAUGCGAACGAAGACGUGGACAUGAUUGCUGCCCCUCCCCCCACCACAGAUACAAAUACCGAACCGCCUUCCGAGCAAGCGGGCGGCACUGCUGCAAUGGUACAAGACACAGAAGACAAGACGGCCAUGAGCACAGCAAGCGAUGGCGCAGUGCCUUCUACAAUCACAUCAGCAGGUAUGUCUACGAACGCCAAGCUGCCUAUCCGCACUCACCGACCGCUUGUAGCACUACAACCCCCGGAGUCGCUCGAGCAACAUGUCAGGGCUAUCCGAUCGCUGCUGGAGGAAUCGCAAAUGCAACCUCUUGCCGAAGGUCAACAGAGAUUCCUGGUUUCGAACAAGUGGUUGUCCCAUGUGCCGGACGAAUCUUCGUCGAAAAAGGCCAAGGUUGAUCUGUCAUUGAUUCCGCCCGUGGAUAACUCAGACAUCAUCGCUGAAAUCAUAGUCGAUCCCCUUGUCGGCAAUUGCAAUGAUGUCUUGAAAAAGAAGUUUGUCCGUUUAAAGCCAGGAUACGACACAGAGCAGUUUACUGCGUUCCCGCCCGCCGCCUGGGAUCUGCUUAUGCAAUGGCCCGGUCUGAAGGAUGGUCAACUCCCUAUCAUCCGGACAGCCCACGACAACAGCCAGGACAAGAUUGGUUUGGACGUCGUCUUUGAGUGGCAUCCGCCUGUCUUAUCCAUACACCGGUUGUGGUCUGCCCAAAGCAUGGUUCCUGUCGAGGCAUCCAUGAAGUCCCGCAAUCCACCGCCCCCAAGACUUGUCCGCAGUCGUACAUUCAACUAUCAGACCUUUCUGAAGCAGGCCAAAGCUCUCGCACAGAUCGACUUGAGUCACAAGAUACGAGCGUGGACUGUACCUCAGAGACCUGAGGCUGUGUCCUCCGGUGCGAUUGUGCCCACUCCGCCUGCCUCUCCUGGCGACAAACAGGACAUCGAUAAUAACUCAGCAGACCCUUUCAAUCAUCUUCUUUUGGACGUCGCAUCCUUCCUAGCAUUAGAAAAGGGCCCCGAAAGAGAUCUUGUCGAUUUCGCUGACCUCACCGCUGACCCUCAACAUACCUCAGCCAAGACGCUUGGCUACUUGGGCAUCUUGGCAGAUCAGUCCAUUGUUCUCGAUCCCCAUGAAGGUGGAAAUAAUUGGACUUCAACAUUUACAACUUCCCAAGCAAGAAUCUCACUGCCCACCUCCAAUAGCUCGAACAGUCUGACUGUGCAGAACCGCAAUGCUCGUAGCGGACGCACCAGCCCAGCAUCGCAAGGGCCCUUGACACGUGGUAGAGCCAACAGGUCAGGACGGACUACUGGCUGCGUCGGUCUGGGCAACUUGGGAAACACCUGCUACAUGAAUGCCGCUCUACAAUGCGUGAGAAGCGUGGAGGAGUUGACCAAAUACUUCCUCGCAGGCGAGUGGGAAAGGGAACUGAACAGGGACAACCCUCUUGCUUAUAAUGGUGACAUCGCAGGCGCGUACGCCCAGCUUCUCAAGGACAUCUACAAAGAUUCAGCGCCAAGCUCGGUAAUGCCAAGACAGUUCAAGAAUGCAAUUGGUCGACAUUCCACUGGCUUCUCUGGUUACGGCCAGCAAGACUCACAAGAGUUCGUCGGCUUUUUGCUGGACGGUCUACAGGAAGACCUCAGCCGCAUCAAGAAGAAGCCCUACAUUGAGAAGCCGGACUCCACGGACGAGAUGAUCAACGAUCCGGUUGCCAUUCGACGCAUGGCAGACGAAGUCUGGGGUAUCACUCGAAAGCGUGACGAUUCGGUGAUUGCGGACCUCUUUACCGGCCUGUACAAAUCAACGUUGGUUUGCCCCUGUUGUGGAAAGGUCAGCAUCACAUUUGAUCCUUUCAACAACCUGACCCUGCAAUUACCUGUUGCGAACAAGUGGUCCCACGAGGUCAAGUUCUAUCCCCUAAAUGACAGGCCAAUCAACAUCAGGGUUGAGGUAGACAAGCAUGACAGUGUAAAGGCUCUGAAAGAUUUCGUCUCUGCCCGCACAGGAGUUCCUGCUGAGCGACUACAUGGCGCUGAGGAGUGGAAAGACAAAUUCUACAAGCACUACCCCGAUGCCGCCUCUGUUUCUGAGGAGAUCGGCACCAAGGACGACCCGUCCAUGUACGAGUUGGAGGCUAAACCCACAAACACUGGUGCGAAGCCGCAAAAGCAACAGAGGCUUGGGAUGGGCGUCCGGUCCAUGGUUGACGAAGAUGAGGUCAACGUUACUUCAUGGGACACCGAACAGUCACAGAGUCUACUUGUUCCGGUCUUCCACCGCAGGCCAGACACACAUAAGUCAGGUUACUAUAAAAGUCGAUGGUCGGCUUGCGUUGCCCCCUACUUCAUUGUGGUCACGCCUCGGGAAGCCAGAAGCGAGGAUGCGAUACGCCGUAAGGUCCUGGAGAAAGUGGCAACGUUCACCAAGCAUCCUAUGUUUGCCCGCCAAGAAGAGUCUGACAGCUCAGACAGCACAGAGGCUGAAAUGAUAGGUCCAAACGGCUCCGAUACCAGUUCGUCGGGAGGAAGUAAGGUUAUCGCCCAGUCUGUCAAAGGAGAAGAUGACUUGGUUGACGUUCACAUGAAAGACGCCGGUGAUAGUCAGGGCACCGCUCGGAGUCAUUCGGUGAGACAUCAGUUCAACCACAAGAGACCUGUCUGGGUAGAUACGAACCGAUUUCUCCCGGCUGAGUUGCAAAACCUUUUCGCAAUGGGCUACUUUUCGGAAAACGGCACGCACUUGCCCACUGGUUUUAACACCGUCAGUGACGACAAAGAAUACCCGAGUCUGUCAUCUCGAGCGCAGCCGGAGUCCCCCUCGUCGGAAGACCAAGACGAUAAUGCUACGAACGGCACGGCAUCAAACGAUGAUAGCAGUUCCGACGAGGUCUCACGGCCCAGCACAAACACGCCACCAACGCGCAUGAACGAUGAAAGCGACGACGAUAGCCCCUACCAAAUCACCAAGGUCACCAAGUCAUUCACAAUGCGCCCCAAACAAUCUAGGCAGGUGAAGACUAGCAAAAAAUUGUCCGGCAAGAAGGCAAAAGGCCGACAGAACAUGAAAGGCAAGAAAGGUGCUAAGCGGGUUCGGCAACAGCAACACAAAAUCGAUAGGAAGCAAGCCUUGGAAUCUGAGGAUGCGUUUGAUUCGAAUGAGCCUCUCUCUGACGGCGGUCCAUUGAUACGGUAUGGAGAAGCUAUCGUCGUUGACUGGACGACUUCCUCCUACAACGAGAUAUUUGGUACCGAUGAUAAUGGGAAGUCGCUGGAUGUCUCCAACGCCACUGACACCAUGGCUGAUCCUGAUCUGGAUAAGUCGCAGGCCGCACGAGCCAAACGCAAGAAGAACGGUAUCUCGUUGGAGGAGUGCUUGGACGAGUUCGAGCGAGAUGAGAUCUUAUCCGAGCAAGACAUGUGGUAUUGCCCCCGUUGCAAGGAACAUCGCCGCGCUAGUAAGAAGUUGGAUCUCUGGAAGAGUCCGGACAUCCUCAUCAUGCAUCUCAAACGCUUCAGCUCUAGCGGCUUCCGGAGAGACAAGUUGGAGACACUCGUAGAUUUCCCUAUCGAGAAUCUGGACAUUAGCUCCCGCGUACUCGCCAAAGACGACGGCAAACAGGAGGUGUACGACCUCAUUGGAGUCGACUGCCAUUACGGAGGAUUGGGCGGAGGCCAUUACACUGCUUACGCAAAGAACUUCGUGGACGGUCAAUGGUACUCGUACAACGAUUCGUCGGUCUCCAAGAUUUCUCCUGACAGGAUCAUGGACUCCUCUGCAUACUUGCUCUUCUAUCGUCGACGAUCAAACGUACCUCUGGGUGGCACUCAUUUCCGCCAGCUUAUGGAGCAGUUCUCAGAGGAUGUCUCAGACAACGACAUGCCCGAUUCGGGGGAAGGUCAGCGUCUCGGCGAGGGCUUCUCCCAGAAUGGGUCGUCGAGCGCGUUUCAAGGAGCAGAAGCUUCUCGCCUGCACGGAAGCCAUGGUGGUAACUUCAAGAGGGAUGACGAUGCCCCGGUCCUUACAAACACACAUUUCGUGCUCGACUCAAGUGUUCACAGAAGCAUCGAGGACGACGAAGGCGUCGACCUGUCUGACGAUGUUACCAGGUCAACUGGCUUCAACCCGGUCAUUGGUACCAACUCCUGGAGCUUUGAGAACAUCUCCGGCCGGGGAGCGGCGAACACGGGGGACAGCCCUCUAUACUCUGGCGCCGCUUCUGACGAGGCUCAACAUGAUUUGUCAGACGACGAGCGGGUUGGUAGCCCUAUCGAUGCAGACCUGGAAAACUUCCCGGGCAUGUCUCAUUACGAAUUAGCACAGUCCGAAGUUGAUCCACCCUCCUACACCCAAUCUUCGGCGCCAGAGUAUGAGGACCAGCCGGACCGAGGUGGCAUGAAAGGGCAGGUCUACGAAGUUCUACCUGAUGGUGAAAACGAGCAACGUUCUGAGGACGCGACGGAGAUCCAUCUCGACGAUGAUGAUAAGAUCAAGCUCGCGUAG